UAUUUUGAAAAGUGCAAGAUGUGCUUCUGUUUUACUUUGAUGCUGGUUUAUUUGGACCCCUGUUAGUUUUCUUUUUUUUGACAUUGUAAAUUGGUGUGCUGGCACAGUACUCUGUUAUGCAUGACUGCAUUUUCGUUAAUCCAUCCUUAUUUUCUUCCCCUGAUUAAGCAUCUUUGAAAUUUAUAAUACUUGAUGCUAGAUGAUUCCUAUUGCAGGUCCCAGAGAACAAUUGCUAUGGCAACAACUUUUUGUCACCGCUUCUUCAUUCGCCAAUCACAUCGAAAAAAUGAUAGGAGGGUUGUCAUCCAAAGUAGAAAGUCGAUGCUAGGCUGAUGCAAUGAUCAAGAUGUCAAACGGAAUCUCACCUCUACCUGAGCAAUCAUCUCUUGUGCAUCCGAUCGGCCACUUCCCAAAGGAAUGCGUACCGUGACAGCCUCCCAAAUCCGACGAGGUACUAACUUAUAAUUCUUCUCUAUCAGCUCAACCUCCACUUCAGUGGGAUUUAUAACUCAUACAAGGCAAUCAAGGGACAAACCUCCUGGGUGAAUCCCUUUGUGGGUGGCCUUAUCUCCUCUCACGUGACAUUGAUCCGCAAGCCUUUGACUGUAAUUGGGAAAGUCAGAUUGGUCUCUUCAAAUUUAGCAACUGGCAUGAUCAUCUUCCCACGCUGCAAAAAUCAAAUUGGAGACCAUUGCCAUGGCAUGUAUGUUUCUUGCAGGUAAAGCGAAUUACUAUCCUCGCUCUGUUAAAGAUGUCAUUUUUGCGGGACAUCAAUUAAUGGAGAAAGACGAUCCUCUUGCUCUGGAAAGGUUCAAUAAUAAGGAGGAAAUGAAGAGGCACAAAGAGCUUAUUUUUUUAGCUGAAAGGAUUGUUCUGCAAACACUUGAUUUUGAACUUAAUGUGGCUCUUCCCUAUACACCUCUUAUCGAGGCACUUAAUGAAUUCCAACUGUCGCAUCACUUUGCCCUUGGACAAGCUGCUUGGAAUUUUGUUAAUGAUAGCUAUCGGACAACUCUGUGCUUGCAAUGUAAGCCCAACCAGAUUGCAGCGGGUGCUCUUUUCCUUGCUUCCAAAUUUGUCAAGAUACAGCUGCCAUCUGUGGGUGGGAAGACUUGGUGGCAAGUGCUAAAUGUCACCGCGCGCCAAUUUGAGGAGGUUUGCAACCAGAUAGUAGAUUUAUAUGAAAACGAUAAUCAGCCGCCACCUCUGCCCAGACUGCCCCAGCCCCUGCCCCCGCCCCCGUCCCCUCUCGGGCUCCCGCUCCCACCCAUGCCGCCCCGGCCCUGGCCCCUGCCUCUGCCCCCGCCCCUGCCCCUGCCCCUGCCCCUGCCCCUGCUGCGGCUCCCACCCCUGCCCCUGCUCCGGCUCCCACCCCUGCCCCGCCCCGGCCCCCCACCCCUGCCGCCCCGGCCCCGGCAGCUCCGGCCCGGGCUCCCACCCCUUCCGCCCCGGCCCCGGCCCCGGCCUGGGCUCCCACCCCUGCCGCCCCGGCCCGGGCUCCCACCCCUGCCGCCCCGGCCCUGGCCCUGGCCCCCGAACCCGGGUACACCGUAA